AUGAGCCAGCAACAAUCCAUGACGACUGCUUACGAGAUCCAACCCACGCCGACGGUCAAGCUAACGACGAUUGUUCCCGACGGCAUGGAGGUCGACGCCAACAACCUAGUCGUCGGCCAGUGGGAGGCCGGUAUCUGCGGCUGCUUCACCGACUGUGUGCCCAACUGCUGCAUGGCCUACUGGUGCCCGUGCGUCUCGCUCGCUCAGAUCGGACACCGCAUCGGUCUUGGCUCGUACAUGACGGGUCUUUUCGUCUUUGGCCUUGUCUACAUUGUGGCGUACAUCACGUCGGGCCGCUAG